AUGGCGUCACGACACAUGGAAUCAUCCGAAAGCACCUGUAUGAUACCACAAAACAUGUCCUCCCCAACUGUCGAAAACACCUCCGCCUCCCUACGGUCCUACCGCAGCCACCUGUCAAGAGUCAUCAAUUCUUCAAACAAGGCGAUCACGGACUACAUCGAUUCUCAGGAUCCUACAUCUCUGGUGGAAAGAAAGGAGGACAUACGAAAAUACUUCAGAAAGAUCGAAUCCCUUACCCUUAUUAUUCAAGACCUCGACCCCUUGAAUGCCUCGAAAUACGACGCGGAUCUGACGAAAGAUGGAGAGCGCAGCGACGAAGUCAUCCACGCACUGUCCAAAGCCGCCAAAACCGUCACGAUGCCGACUGCCGAUUCUCGCAGACAUCCCGGAACGUUUUCCCGUCGCAUCAACGAAUCGCUCAAGCCCGCAAUCCUCUCGAAGGAUGCCAGCCCGACGGAGAUGAGGCACUGGAUCGACGCUUUCAAAUCCUACUAUUCCUCAAAUGACAUGGAUAGUUUCAGCGUACAAGAAAGACAAUCUUACUUUAAGAUAUUGCUCGAUGUGGAUCUCAGGACCAGAAUCAUGGCGAAGAUGAGCGACGACACGGACGUUUUCGGCAACGACGGCUGCAUCGACCUCCUCGAGAAAGACUUCCUCGCACGGUAUCCCCUUUUCUCCAGACGCCUCGACUUCUUCCAAAGCCAGCAAAGACCCGGACAAGCCUUUACCGACUUCCUCGCCAAGCUCAAAGAGAUGUCCAAGCUCGCCGAUUUGGAAAAGCUGUCCGUCGAAGAAAUAUUCGUUUUCUGCGCUCUCCGAGGCACCACCGACAGCGAUCUCUUGGACGAUCUCCUGGAAUUGCAAGACAAGACUCUUAAAGAUAUCGAAAACGCGGCGAGCCUAUAUGAAAGCAAGCUUGUAUCUCGAUCCAAAUUAAACGCGGCCAAUAACGGAAACGACAAAGUUAUGAGGAUCUCCGCUCCAAACCAACGCCGAUACAACGCGAAGCCCAAGCCGAAACACGAUGUCAAACCAGAUUCGAGCAAGUCCACGUUCAAGCGCCCAACCACUGUCCGCGGGAUGAAGGAGCAGGGACUGUGCACAAGAUGCGGGAGAAACG